AAACGUAUGGCGUCUCCCCUUCGAAUCAGCCAAUAGCAAACGACGCUUAGCCAGGAGCGCGCUGUCUCCUUCCCGGCUUCAGAAAUAACAUGGCGGAGACAAUGAGAAUGUAGCGCGUGAUCCUUAGGACUAAAUGUCGCACAAGUACCUAGCGGCGAUAACCUGGUGAUCGGGAAGGAACGUAUAAAGUGGGUUUCCUUAGUUUUUGGGAGGGGGUGAAUAGUGACAUUUGUAAGGCCCGCUCCUCCUGAAAACGUGGCUCGACUGACAAGGAACUGCUCGUGCUAGCUGGCCUAUCUCUAACAGAGGCCUAGUGUUUCAGCACAUUGGGGCAUCAUGAAACUCACCGAUAAUGUGCUCCGAAGCUUUCGCGUGGCAAAGGUAUUCCGGGAAAACUCGGAUAAAAUCAAUUGCUUUGACUUCAGUCCAACCGGUGAAACGGUGAUAUCCAGCAGCGACGAUGAUUCUAUUGUACUUUAUGAUUGCCAGGAGGGGAAGCCCAAGAGGACAUUGUACAGUAAAAAAUAUGGUGUUGACCUCAUCAGAUAUACACAUGCAGCUAACACAGUGGUCUACAGCUCCAACAAAAUUGAUGACACAAUACGAUACCUCUCUCUUCAUGAUAAUAAAUACAUCCGUUAUUUCCCUGGACACAGCAAGAGAGUAGUUUCUCUGUCUAUGUCUCCUGUGGAUGAUACAUUCAUUUCUGGGUCAUUAGAUAAAACCAUCCGGCUAUGGGAUCUUCGAUCUCCUAACUGUCAGGGUCUAAUGCAUCUUCAAGGGAAACCAGUGUGUUCAUUUGAUCCUGAGGGUCUUAUUUUUGCAGCUGGAAUAAAUUCAGAGAUGGUCAAGUUGUAUGAUCUUCGCUCUUUUGAUAAAGGUCCAUUUGCAACCUUCAAAAUGCAAUAUGAUCGAACAUGUGAGUGGACUGCUCUGAAAUUCAGCAACGAUGGGAAACUUAUUUUACUUUCGACUAAUGGCGGCUUCCUUCGCCUAGUUGACGCUUUUAAGGGGGCUGUCAUGCACACAUUUGGGGGCUACAACAAUAGUAAGGCUGUCACUCUGGAAGCUUCCUUUACUCCAGAUUCACAGUUUAUUAUGAUUGGCUCAGAAGACGGCAAAAUUCAUGUUUGGAAUUGUGAGAGUGGGAUGAAAGUAGCAGUGCUGGAUGGCAAACACACAGGUCCUAUCACAUGCCUGCAAUUCAACCCCAAGUUCAUGACAUUUGCUAGUGCUUGCUCUAACAUGGCUUUUUGGCUACCAACUAUUGAUGACUGAUACACCCAUCAGAAGCAUUUAAUGAAAAUCCCAUUGUUGAACAAUUUCCCGCAAAUAGUUCUUCAUAAAGCCCGGAUAUAUGAAGAAUCACAAAAUGGUUUUUUUUUUUUAUUCUUUAUAAAAAAAAAAAACCCCAGUAUUGAGCCGAUGUUUCUCAUUGCCAAAAUAAGAACUCUUCUGCA